AUGUCUUCUCCCUCAGCUCAUGCUUUCAGACCACGUUUCUUGUUCCGUCUUGCAUACGACAUCGAAAGCCUUGUUUUGUCUGGAGAGCUCUUCAACGGAACCUCGCGUUCGUCAUCACCUAUUCGGACGCCAUCGCCGUCCUCGGAUAAAGGAUGGCACGACGACGAGAUCGAUUCAAGUAAUGCCACGGUGCCUCCAGAACCUCAGCAGGAUUCAAUUGGGAUGGGUCCUGGUCGUACUGGCGUCAAGGGUGUCAUCCGCGACUGCCACGAGGCCGAGACCCUUGAACGGCAACGGCAGGCCAAGGAGAUGGCAGAGCUUAGGACUCGAAUGGAGAAGAGCAGUCUUGGGGGAAAGUCGUACUUGGAAGAGGAAAGAGAAAAGGCAGACAGGGGUGAUGAGAAUGUGGAUCCAUUGGUGAGGAACGAACGCGAGCGAAGAGAUUUCUUUGGGAUGGUAAGGCAGGGAAAGUUUGGACAUUUGAGGGAAGUUGGUGUACGCACUUUUGUCCAGGCCGUCGAAAAGGAGGAUAAAGCUGCCUGGGUCAUCGUGCACCUCUACGAACCUUCGUUGGACAGAUGUUAUUCUCUCGACGAGACUCUUUCUCGCCUGGCUCGAUCACACCCAGACACUAAAUUCUUGCGCUGUCGGGCGUCGGCCCUCGGUUUCGCUUCAAGUGGUUCAGCAGUGACCAAGUCAACAACGCACCGGCCGUCUCGUUCAAUUCGCGAGGAUGAUGACGACCCCUAUAGUGACAAAGACGACGACCAUGACGAAGACGAUUAUGACUCCGAUGAACAGAAUCAUUAUGCUGAAGAAGAUGUUGACCUUGACAUGCUCCCCACCAUGCUGGUUUACCGAGAUGGACAGCUCAUUCACAACUGGGUACGGGUGGACUGGGAGGCAGGAGCGGCUGGCAUCGAUGAAUUACUCGAGAAGAAUCGAAUAUUGCGCCCAGCUGAAUCCUUUCUUGGGAGAGAUAAUUUUGGUCUUCCGAGUGAUGAUGAAGACGAUGACCUUCUUUGGGACGAGGAGAGAUGAAAGUUCUGGUUUUCGAAAGGAAUCUACUGUAGAUAUAUCGAAGAGUCGGUAAGCACUUUAUGCUUUACCUAUUCGCAACUCGUUAUCAAGCCGAUAUCAGAUCCCACUUAUAUCUUCCCGCUUUGUGUAUCCUUAGUGGCAUGCAGGUCGAGUGUAUCAUCGGUUCAGGGAUCAAAAAUCCUAUUCUUUGCUUGUAUCUUGGCUCCACGUCUUAAAUUCUGUAGACGUAUCAUCGCGUGGUCCAUCUAGUAUGUUCUCAUCAAGUGAAACCCCUGAUUUCUCGGCUGCGUUGUGCAGAUCCAUAUUCAUCUCUGCAGACUCGUUCAAAUUGAACAUGGCAGUUCGAUGAUAAAAUUUAGGGCCAUCUAAACCGUGCGCUACCUCCAUUGUAGACGCGGCUCUCCUUGCUGUAGCUAAGACUAAAUCUACAGCUCUUAUGGCCACUUCAUACAGGGAAAACAAUUCAAGUACCAUGCUACGACAG